UAAGGUGAACUUCCUUUCUCUCUCUCUGCUUUUCGAAUCUCUCCCGAAUGAGAGCCCAUCAAGUGAAUAUAUAAAUAUACUAUAUAAUGUGAACCUUGUUUAUAUAUACUAUUUUAACUAAUUAUUUCUUCAUCUCCCCAAGAAGAAAUUAAAUGGAGUCUCAUCAGAUAUGGCGUCAAAUGAAAAGCCAUGAAUAUGAUCACCACCGUCGGUUAAUUCAUUCAGAAAAUCAAGUGGAUCUGACACUCCGACUUGGGUUCCCCGAUGGCAGUGCCGUUGAACGUCCUGAUAUUGAUCAUCAUAAUAACCCAUUCUUCUCCACAGCAUUUCAUAAUAUCAACCAUCAUCCUCUUCAAACUCAUCAGGUGAUGGUGGACAAUCAUGGGUCGGCGUCCUCCGGAGGCAGAAAUGGUGAGAUGAUGAGUGAAGCAAAUUACAACCCUCACCAAAUUGUAUGGUCAAAAGAGCUGAAAACCUAUGUUCUCAAGUCAAAUGAUUUUGGGCAGCUUCAUCCAAGUUCAUACAGUAAUACUCAUCAAGCCAAGCCCAUUGCCACCACUCCAAAUAAUUCCCCCAAUCUUCCUCUUCCAAAGUACAAUAAUGACCUGUACACACUCCUAAACCCUGCUUCUAGAAUAACAGAUGAUCACGAAGCGGAAGCUUCCUCCGGUGGUCGGCGGAGAGGUUCCCGACGGCGCCGAGUUUCGGCCAACAACGAUGCCGAGAGGAGGUGCACUAAUUACAAUUGCAACACAAACUUUACGCCCAUGUGGCGUAAAGGCCCUCUUGGUCCCAAGAGCCUUUGCAAUGCAUGCGGCAUAAGGUAUAGAAAGGAAACGCUGAAUAGGGAAGCAAUGGCGGCAGAAAACAGCAGCGGCUAG